UUUACUUUGCUGUUCUGUAUUUGUAAAUGAUCGUUUCCAUUGGAAUUCCAUUAUUUCCAAGGCCAAAUAAUAUUCAUCCAAAUACUUGAAUGACUGAUAAUGCUUGAAUGACUGAUGGUAAGUCCCGUUGACCAUGUAGUUUGGGUCAUGUAAUAAUGUUAGCGAGAUCUUUUUUUGUGAUAUCCAAUCGGUAGUUAGCAGUCUUGUCCCACCACUGUAACUCCUGUGUGGCGCAAUGCGUCAUCCGAAACACUGCUUCCUGACACUGCUCGCUUAACCCGGAGGCCAUACCAAUGUGUUGGAGGGAGGACACACCGUACAACUGGCGACACAAGUCAGCGUGCAUGUGCCCGACCGGCCAAACCCUCUCCUAAUCCUGACGACGCUGGGCCAAUUGUGCGCUGCCUCAUAGGUCUACCUGGUUCGCGGCAGGCUGCGACACAGCCUGGGAUUGAACCCGGGUCUGUAGUGACACCUUUAGCACUGCGAUGCAGUGCCGUAGACCGAUGCGCCUCUCGGGAGGCGAGAUCAAAGUUCUUUGUACAUUACAUUACAUUUUGAAAUGUAUUAGAGCCAAUCAUUUGUUUAAAAUGUCAAUCAUUUUACUAAAAUGUUGCUUGUAUCUGAUCCUGCACAUCUCUCUCUAAAUCAGGUGGUUUGUGUUGAAACUUAAUCAUAGUGUCCUGUACAGUAAUACUGUGCGUCAUUAGAUAUAGUUUGGGGUAAGGACACAUCCUGCAGCAUAAAGAGGUCGUGUUCCUAUCUGCUGCUGAAUGACUGGUAAGGAAUAGAGUGGGGUGUACUUUACACAAUACUUACUGAGGACUACAAAACUCUUCUUGGCAGAACAACUGUGUCACAUCAAAUUAAUUUAAUCUUUGAUCUGAGGCUGGGCUGGUCUUAGUUUUUUGGAGGCCCUAAGCAAAAUUUUGUUUGUGGGCCACCCACCUCACGGGUAAAACAUUUGAAUGGUCCCCCUCUUGAGGUCAGAGAGACGCAAUUGAAGUUUUAAAGCACAUUUUCUGCAAUUCUACACAUUUUGCCAUGAGGUGGAGAAAAAUGUUGCAGGUUUCAAACUAAUUUCAUGCAAUUCUACUCAUUGUGCCAUGCAACAGGCAGAAACCGUUUCAGUUUUAAAGCAAAUUUUCUACAAUUCUAAAACAUUUUCCAUGGGGUGGAUAGAAUUUAGCAGUUUUUAGAACAUUUUUCAUGCAAUUCUACUCAUUUUUUCCUUGAGGCGGGGAAAAAAUAUGCAGUUUUAAGCAAUUCUACACAUUUUGCCAUGACUUAUUCCUUGAUCAUAGAUAUCUGAGUCAGAGUGACUAACAAAAUCAAUGGGGGCACCCUGAAGGUCAGGGCCCCUGGGAACAUGCACUGCGUGCCUGAUCAGUAAUUCUGCCAAGAAUACUGCAAGGUGUAUUUAGCUAGCAAGACUAACUUACCAAUUUAAAAAGUGUGAGUUGACAUGGGCAAGACAUUACAAGAGAAAAACUGCUGACGUGCUACCAAAUUUCGAAAUUGCACCUUGUGUAUUCUACGACUCUAACACUCAACAGUAAGUUGAGACUCCGACUGAAUUCCUAAUAUGUAUAUAUUUUUUUAUAAAAAAAACAGUUUAUGUCGCUUAUGCCAGAGCAUGCCCUGAUCUAAGACUCACUGACCCUUGUAAGCAAAAUUUGAAAAAUAACUAUGGUGUUUAAAGUACAUUCUUAGUUUAUGGAUGUCAAUUUACUCAUUUUUACUGUUGUGUCCCAGUUAAGUGUAUUUCAGUGUCUUUACAAUGUACAGUAUUUUAGUGUAUUUACAGUGUAUCUCAGUGUAUGUCAGUAUACUUACCCCACUGUCUCUCUCCAUAGCUGGAAGGGUCCUGGUCUACCCUGUCGACGGCAGCCACUGGCUCAACAUGAGGAUACUGGUGGAGGCGCUUCACACCCAGGGUCACCAGGUGACCAUUCUGCGCUCCUCCACCAGCUGGUACGUGGCUGAACACUCCCCCCACUACACCUCCAUCACUGUGCCCCAGGCUCAGCCCCAGAACAUCGAGAGUCAGGAGUUCAUGGCCCACUUCCUGAAGAGGUCGCUGGAGAUCCAGCGGGGCAAGGGCUCACCCUGGGCCUUCCUGCAGUUCUGUGGGAACCUCUUCAGCAUGCUGAGGCAGAACCAGGAGAUGGUGGCCGAGCUGGUCGUCACCAUGUUUGAGAACCAGACUCUGAUGACAGAUCUGAAAGAGGCUGAGUAUGACCUGGUCCUGACUGACCCAGUGUUCCCUGCCGGGGUCCUGGUGGCCCACUACCUCCAGCUCCCCCUGGUUCUCAAUGUGCGCUGGCACCUCAGCGGGGAGGGACACUUUGCCAUCGCUCCCUCGCCACUAUCCUACGUCCCUCAAAUAUUCUCCCGCAACUCUGACCUGAUGAACUUUGCACAGAGGCUGAGUAACAUAUUCUACCACUGUCUCAGCUACUACAUGUAUCGUUACGUCUCCAACCCGCCUUACCAGGCCGUGUGCGACCGCUACUUUGCCCCUGAAGAGGUGGACGUCAUAUCCCUUAUCCAGGGAGCUGAUCUGUGGCUGAUGAGGGUGGACUUCGUCUUUGAGUUCCCUAGACCCACCAUGCCGAACGUGGUCUACACUGGUGGGUUCCAGUGCAAACCCUCCAAGCCUUUACCUGCAGCUUUAGAGGAGUUUGUCCAGAGAUCUGGAGAACACGGGGUGGUGGUGAUGUCACUGGGGACUCUGUUGGGUGGACUGGGUCCAGAGAUGACAGAGGUCAUAGCCUCAGCCUUCGCCCAGCUGCCCCAGAAGGUGGUGUGGAGACACCUGGGAGAGAGGCCUUUGUCUCUAGGCAACAACACCCUGCUAGUGAAAUGGCUGCCUCAGAACGACCUCCUGGGUCACCCCAAAACCAAAGUGUUCGUCACACACGGGGGCACCAACGGGAUCUAUGAGGCCAUCUAUCACGGAGUCCCAUUAUUGGGUAUCCCUCUCAUCUUUGACCAGUUUGAUAACAUGGUGCGCAUGAAGGCCAGAGGAGUGGCAGAGGUUAUAGAGGUUACAACGUUAGAGGUGGAAUCCUUAACACAGACUCUGAUGGGCAUUCUGGAUGAAGAGAAGCCCUACAGAGAGAAUAUGAGAAGACUAUCACGGUUGCACCACGACCGGCCUAUAGAACCUUUGGACAGCGCCAUCUUCUGGCUGGAGUUUGUUAUGCGACACAAAGGGGCAGCUCACCUACGUACAGAGUCCUAUAAGAUGCCAUGGUAUGUCUAUCAUAAUGUGGAUGUUCUUGCACUGCUGCUGGGCUCUGCUCUGCUUGUUUUGGUGUUGCUUGUGUUUUCCUGUAUGUGCUUGGUAAGAGGAUUACGAAAGAGGAGAAAGUCCAAGUUGGAGUGAUUAUGUUACUUAUGGCCUACUUACUUAGUUAUUACACAGCUUACAAUCCAAGCAUACAGUAGAUAGAUAUUGGGAAAGCAAUUGCAAUUGCAAUUGUAUUUUAUGUAGAGAACCUUCCUAAUAUAUCAAAGAUAUAGGUUAUAUAUAUUUAUUACAUGCACUUUUUGAAUCAAGGUUUUAUUGGGUUAUUAUGAUGCAAUCCUGCAUUUGCCGUGUAUUUUCACUCAUGUUAUCAAUUUUAUAAUACACAGUGUAAAUGGUGACAAUUUUUUAUUUUGAAUAAAAUGAGAAUACGUUCAAAUGAUGCGGAAUAAA